AUGUUAUUAAAAACGGGUAAUUUAUUUAUACAAUUAAAUCGACGGAGUAUAUGUGGUAAAGCUGAAAUGGAUGCAAAAAUACGGGCUUAUCAGCAGUCGGUAUCAGUUUUAGAUGAUGCGAUUGAUAAGAUAACAUUCUCGCAACUUCCCGCAAAUAAUCCUAUUGAAGAUCAUUAUUCCAUUGCGAAAUGUUUGCAUACAAAUUCCUAUUUCUUUGGAAUAUUUGACGGACAUGGUAGUGAAUGUUGCAGUCGUCAUGUUUCUGUGCGUUUGUACGAUUAUUUAUGUGCUUCAGUACUCAAAAAAUAUUCAUUUAAUAAUUUGUCAGACCGCGAUCAACUUAAAUGGAUUUUUUCUAGUUCUGAUCGUGACUUUUCACCCUCAUUCAGGCAAAGACAUGCAGCAAAUUUAGAAAAAUUCAUAAAAAAUGAUUCAAUGGAUACAGCAACAAUGAUGAAAGUGAUUGAAAAUGCUUUUCUAGCUAUGGAUGAUGAUAUUUCAAAUGAUGCACUUCCUGAUACUAAUGGGAAUAUUUCGAGGAAUCGAGUAAAAAUUGCUGUAUCAGGUUCUUGUGGAAUUGUCGCACACCUCCGAAAAAAUCAUUUACAUGUCGCAAAUGUCGGUGAUAGUGUUGCUAUUUUAGGCACUCUAAAAAAUGGUCACAUAGCUCCGCAACUUUUAUCAAAAUUACAUUCUUGUGACAAUACUGACGAGAUUAAACGGGUACGUAGUGCGCAUCCAAUAUCAGAAUCAGAAACAAUAUUGCGGAGUGAUCGUCUUCUGGGUGAACUUUAUCCUUUGAGAGCAUUUGGUGAUGUACGAUAUAAAUGGCCAUUAAAAUUACAGAAAAUAAUCCUCGCUCCUUUCGAUAUUGAUGUUCCAAAUGGGCUUCAAACUCCUCCUUAUUUAACCGCUCUUCCAGAAGUAUUUUAUCAUCGUUUGACAUCGGAUGAUCAGUUUCUUAUAUUAGCAUCAGAUGGACUUUGGGAAUGGUUGGAUCCGGAUACUGUUGUUAGACUUGUGUAUGAUCAUACUAUUGGCACUGAGACACUCACACCUUAUCAACCGGAUUACCACUUAUCAUUAUCUGAAGCAAGCCAUUUCAAUUCUCAUAUUUUAAAGUUAAUUGUAUUUGAACGUCUUCAAAAACGGUUACUUGGUGAAUGUAAAAAGCCACUUGAUGAAAAUAGCGCUACGCACUUAAUAAGACAUGCUCUUGGUGGAUGUGCUAGUGAUGCUGAGGAGCAAUAUUUACGAUUAAAAGAUAUGCUUGAAUCACCUCCUGGUACAGCGAGAAACAUUAGGGACGACAUAUCUAUUAUAAUUGUGCAUUUCAGUCAGCAGUACCUUCAGAUGAAUCGAGUUAAUUAA